AUCGACUUUUCAAGUUUUAUCUGACUUUUGUUUAUUUUGAAUUUCCACUUGUGCCGCCCAACCUAAAAUUUAGUGGAGUUAAAUUGAAAUUGUUUCUCAUAAGUUGAUUGUGUUGUACAUAAAAUGUUGUAUGAAAUAUCGCGUAAAGUUAUAAAAAUAAACAAGUAUGAGGAAACCAAUCUAUCCUGGAACAACAACGUGUUAACAGUACGCGGUAACAAAGAAUUGCAUAUGUUAGAUUUUUCGUACAAUUUAAAUUCCUUGCAAAAUGGAAUUGACUUUAAAGAGUGUACGGUGAGCUCUAGCAAGACCAGCCCCGUGUCAAAUGAUUAUUUAACUAAAUACGUUUCGCGUGGUGUGAGAAAUUCGGAGCUUGUGGAAAUGGUUACAAACUCUGCCUUUUGGUCCCAUAAUAAACUCUUAUUGAAGGAACUGAACAAAGUCACGGCAUACCAGUGGUCACCCUUCAACCUCAUAUGUGAAAACGAUAGUCUAUUAGCUGCUGUUAACAGCGUUGGAAAUGUGGAAUUUUUUGCACCAAGAAGUCAUGGUUGGUAUUCCGUUAUGGACUUUUCGUCACGAAUAACAUUAUUGCACGAAAAUAUCGAUAAACGACGUGAAAUUCCAAAGAACUUUGCAGAAGUUAAAGAAACUGUCUACACCCUUGAGACAUCAUCAAUUUGUUGGGCUUCAAAUUUAAACAAAGAUAAUUCCGCCUAUUUUGUCACAGCCCAGAAAUCAGGUGACAUAUUAUUUUGGGAGAUAAAAUAUCAUCAUGCUAAUAUUGAAAUAGAAUUCUGUGGUAGCCUCCAGAAUUCAAAUCAUAUAGAAAUAGUAGAAAUGCUCUGGAUAACUAUUGACAAAAAUAAGUUUUUUUUGGUUUGCUCAAAUGAGUAUGGUGAAAUUGGUUUGUAUGAGUGCCAAAUAAUGGAAAAACAGGUCACUCUGCUGAAAACAAACAACAUUUGGCCAUAUAAAGAUAAGAUGGUUGUAACAUACCUUCAUUCCCAUUUUUACAAUGACAACAUUUUAUUAAUUUUUAAUAAGCACAGACAUUUAGUCGUUCAAAUGUAUGACCCAAAUUUUAAAUUAUUAUUUCAGGAUGUACAAAAUGUCAAUGAUUAUAAAAUAACAUCUGUUGCAAAAUAUAAGGAUAUGUUUUACUUGACCACUCUCAAUAAUAAAAUAUAUAAAAUUGAUUUUUCAAUAACCAAUGAGACUCUAGAGGUUUCUUUAAAAGUAAUUGAAAUCAAAGAAUUAGGUUCAUCCUACGAAUUGUAUGAUAUUGCUGUUUCCCCGAAUAGUUCUUUAUUUGCACUUGCAGUGAUAAAUAGAAAACUAUUGCCCAAGAAACAGACUAUAAGCAUUGAACUAGUUCUCUUAAGUCCUGAUAUUGGUUGUGAUACAGAAAUUACAAAUAUUAUAAAUAAUCCCACAAAAAAGCUUACACACAUGUGGGAUGCCAUAGAAGUGCUCAGAUGUAAAGCAUUGAAAACAAAAAAGCUUCCAGAAUUUAAUUAUGGUUUACUACUAAAAGAUGACCGUGAUAUCUACAACCUCAAAGUGUAUCUAAUCAUUCUAAAAAUAUAUAAUAAUUUAGAGAAAUCCAUGUCUUUUGGUUUAAAAGAAAUGUUCCCACAAAAAUCUAUUGACACUAUAAAGGAAAAAAUACUUAUGGUUCAAGCUUUAAUGCAGAUUGAAAAUGUGUAUGCAAAUUAUAAACGUAAUGCUCACUUAAAUGGUUUUUAUAUUGAAUGUUUUGUAGGUUGCAAAAAUUAUUUAAAUUACUACUGUAACAAGUAUAACAAACAAUUGUCUGAUUAUUUUACCAAUGAUGUUCUUAAUUCCUUAAAUGUUAAUUUUAAAUACCAGUGUCAGUGGUGUGAUGAGUACCUUAUAGGCUUUUCGUGUACGAAUGAAAAAAGACAUGUUAACAUGAUGUGCUCUCAUACUUUCACCCCAAUUGAAAAAGAUUAUCUUUUCUGUAAAAGCUGCAAUGCUACUGCAAGAGUGGAGUUGUACGAUAAAAACCCAAUUUGUGUGUUUUGUGAUUUAUAUUUAAUAAACAGUGAUUUGAUAACAUAAAAGAAUGGUUCCGAAAAUAUGUAUAAAUAUACAGGUAGUUAGGUAUUUUUGAAAAUUUAUUAAAAAUCAUUUUGAUUUACAGUAAAAAGUUUUAUUUAACCGAAGUGCAGUAAGUCUGAUGAAGGUGUUUUCUUGUGAUCAAUGUAUGACAAUAUUCAGGUGUAUAAUAUAGGGGAAGAUUGGUAUGUUGUGGAGUUGUACGAUAAAAACCCAAUUUCUGUAUUUUGUGAUUUAUAUUUAAUAAACAGUGAUUUGAUAACAUAAAAUGAUGGAUCAGAAAAUAUGUAUAUUUAGUUAGUUAUUUUUGUUAAUUUAUUAAAAAUCAUUUUUGAUUCACA